AUGUCGGGCAUCGAGGUGAUCGGCGUCAUUCUCAGCGUCAUUCCCGUUGUCACUAGGCUCGUCAAGCACUUCGGAACCGAACGAAAUGCACCCCGCCAGGUGGAACGGUUGUCACGGAUGCUCGAGGAGCUCCAAGAUGAGCGGCUGUGGCAAAGCGCCAUGCCCACUGAGCAGAAACACAUGCAGCGAAUGCUGGACCGAUGCACCAAGUUGAUGGACAAGGAGAUGGCCGCGGGCCAAAGGAGUCGUGCCUGGAAAUUCUUUUGGUCAGCCGAAGCUGAGAGCCGGCUGAAGGAGCACAAUGACGAACUGGAUAGAGAGCUUGACCGGCUCCAGCGUCGCGUGGAAAUCUUUCUUAGGACGCAAGCUUCCCUGCUCGGCGGGCUUCUGUCCAAGAACUUGAUCUUCCAACAACACUUUCCACGCGGCAACAUAUGGUUCGAAGACGAAGACCUCGAAGACCUAUCUGUUUCCUUCCUCGAAGCUCACGACAUCACAAUACAAGACGCCGAGGGAUACAAGGUGUACCGGUCAUACUCCAUCUACCAGUUCGGCACGGUUGCGCACCGAGAAGAAUUUCUGGUCCAUGUCCGAGAGCGGCAGCUCUUGGGCCGUUACUUCGCAGAAAAGAUUUGGGAACGGGGCGAACUGAUUGCCCAGCAAAAGGUGGUCCGGCUGUGGAGGAAAACCACAUCAAGGGAAUCACAAAAAACAACCUUGUCCUUCAUUGGACGGGACGAGAGGCCAUAUGAACGGCCGCUGGUCGACUUCCGCCGGAGCCCCACGUUACGAGAGAACCGUGUCGACCUUGUAGACGUAGUGGGUGGCGGCAAAACGACCGUCGAGUUCCGACGCCCACCCAAGCCGCCGAAAACCAAGUCGAAGCUAUUCGGAUCGCGCUCAAAGAGCACGACGUCCUUGACCUCGGAAGGCGGCACCAACUACGACUUAGACGCGGCCCGCUUCAAGGAAGCAUUUGAGGCGAAUCACCCAGCGACCUUCACAUUUUCCCCAUUAACCUUGCGUCCCACGGGCGGAGAGGCAAGCCUCCAUGAUAUUCCAGGACUCUCGCCCAGCUUACCUGCCUUGUCGCCGACUUCUUCAAGCGCGCCCACGCUAUACACCAUAAGCCUCCCCCCAGCCUCGAUCGCCUCCCUUUCAGACGACCUACCUGUCUCGCCACGGACUUCUAUAAUGCCGGUGUGGGCUGCGGCCGGCAGCAAAAUGGACUCACUGUCAGCGGAAGACACGCAGCCCUCGCAUGAGCAAACAAGGCUCUGCUUAAUACAUACCGGUAUCAAUGGUAACUUCAAGAUACCGAGGUUUAUACUCGCCGAUGACAAAUCCAGUCACAUCGGGUAUUAA